ACCCUGUUGAUAAUUGACCAACUUCACAGUAUUUACCUGUCUCUUUUUACUUUUUAACAUUUUAAGGUUAUGUUUUUUUCUAGAAACAUGUAAAUGAUAAAGUGAUAAAGUAAAUCAUUUCGAAACGUUAUUCAAAGCUAAUUCUCCAUUAAUCACAAUCUUCACAAUUAUCCAAAAUCAGAAUAUUAAUAUUAUAAUGGCAGAGAAAAAAUUAAAUACAAAUACAACGGGAAAUUCGUCGGUUCCUUCUGAAGUUACAAAUAAUUUUCCAUCAAAAUCACAGUUUUCAUCGACAACACGUUUAACGUCAUUUCUUGCCCCACGUGAUUUAACACUCGGUGGCAAUUCAUUGAAAUUAGAUAAACCGAAAAAAGUCUACACACCGAAUUUAAAUGCCCAACGAAAAAAGAAAGAAGAUGGUGAACCAGAAGUUGUGCAGAAAAAUCCAAAAAAUGCAAAAAACAAACAUCAAAAGGGCAAGGGCAAGGGAAGGGGAGGUGAUAAAGAUCACGACUGGAAGAAAAAGGAUAAUUCCAAAUAUAUACAGUCAUCGGGAGUGUUUGCGGAGGGUUUCGCCGACAGUCCACGUUCGAGAGCACGAUUUUCCGGCUAUCGUGAAGCGGGCGAUCGUUGCUCGACACAGGAACUAUUGCAGAGACCGAAAUUAAAUGCGGGUCGCAUUGUCGACAAGGAGCAAGAGGAGGAGAAAUUGAAAUUAUUAUUGCGCGACGAUUUCAUUGACAAUGACGAUGAGAAUGGAGAAUUUGAUAAUCAAAAUUGUCCCAUUGUCCUGCCAAUAAUAACGUCCGAGGGUAAAUUAUUCAAGGAGGAGGUGAAAAUUGAAGCCAAUGAACAAAUCGAUGAUAAUGUGGGAGAUGAGAAAAAGAAGACUGCAUUUGUCAAACAUGACAAAAAAAAAAAUGUCGGAAAAGAAUUAUUCCGCAAGAACGUGAAGGAUGAGAAAAAAAUACCGUUGAAUAUUUCCCAGAGUUUGGAAAACAAAGCAAAUGGAUAUUUUCUAAUUCGGUUCACCGACUGCUUACCAGGCGAGUCUGUUGAUAAUGACGAUGAGGACAAUACUCGACCGCGUAAAAAUGCCGAGGCAAAAGUUGACAAUAAUAAACAACAACAAAAGCCAGAGAAUAUUUUUGAUAAUUUGAAGGAGGGAUUUUUGGGAAAACUACAAAUUUUAAAGUCCGGCUCUGCGAGAUUGUGCCUCGGCAAUCAUAAUCUCUCGAUUGAUCUCGCGCCACAAGUAUUUUUCCGUGAAGACGUUGUUGUCUCGAAAUUGGAUAAUGAAAAUAUAACCGGAGAACUCAUUAAUCUCGGACCUGUUCAUACGAAUUUAAUUUGUACUCCCGAUUGGGAGAGUCUCAUAAAGCUGCAAGUGUAAUAAAAGAAAAAAAAAUCAUUUCUCUAUUAUUUAAA